UGCUUCAUGAAUGAGGGAGACAGAAAUUGGGGGGAGGAGCUGGUAACCCUCAUUGAGGGCUGAGUAGUGAGCCAUAGGAGGAUCACUUCUCUGUCUUCAAUCACAUUAAAUAGUCAAACCUUGACAUUUAUUGCUCACAUCUUUGAGCUGAAGACCCUGCACGGCAGAAUCUAAAUGACAGCCGAGCAGUGCAGGGCCUCGAGUGGCACAGAGCGGACCGUUAAUGCGAGCUGACAGGAGUGAACACAGUCAGAGAGCAUUCUGUUUGUGGGACAGAGAGAGCCCUUUCACUCACGCCACUGCCGGGUCACGAUGCUGUUGUAAUUCAGCACUAUGCAUGCAGAACAACUGAACGAUAUGGGCCGCAGUGCCUGUGAAAAGGAGAAAAGGACAUCAGAUGUAAAAUGGACCCUUCUAAUGGGUUGAAUCGGUCACUGGAUAUUGUCCCCUCCACUGAGGAGAAGAUGAAGGACAGAGGCCAGUGGAGCAACAAGCUGGAGUUUGUGCUGUCUGUAGCUGGAGAAAUCAUCGGUCUGGGCAACGUGUGGCGCUUCCCGUACCUCUGUUAUAAGAAUGGAGGAGGUGCCUUCUUCAUUCCUUACCUCAUCUUUCUUGCCACCUGUGGAAUUCCUGUGUUCUUCCUGGAGACAGCCCUGGGUCAAUACACCAGUGAAGGAGGAAUCACUUGCUGGAGAAAAAUCAGCCCUCUGUUUGAAGGUGUUGGGUAUGCCACUCAAGUCAUAGUGGCCUUGCUAAAUGUCUAUUAUAUUAUAGUGUUGGCAUGGGGGAUAUUUUACCUGGCCUUUUCCUUCUCUUCAAACUUACCAUGGUCCUCCUGCAACAACACUUGGAACACAGAGGCCUGCAUGGAAUUUCAGAGAAGGAAUGAAUCUAUUGACCAGAGACAUAUGGAAAACGCCACUUCACCAGUCAUUGAAUUUUGGGAGAGAAGGGUCCUCAGGAUUUCCUCAGGAAUAGAUGAGAUUGGGGAGCUGCACUGGGAUAUGGUCCUCUGUCUGCUUCUCGCCUGGAUUCUCUGCUAUUUCUGCAUCUGGAAGGGUGUCAAGUCCACUGGCAAGGUUGUUUAUUUCACUGCCACCUUCCCCUACCUGAUGCUGCUGAUUCUGCUAAUCAGAGGGAUCACUCUGCCAGGAGCCUCCAUAGGGAUCCAGUUCUAUCUCUAUCCUGACUUGGGACGGCUAGCAGACCCACAGGUAUGGAUGGAUGCAGGGACCCAAAUCUUCUUUUCGUAUGCUAUCUGUCUGGGCUGCCUCACAGCACUGGGCAGCUACAACAAAUAUAACAACAACUGCUACAAAGAUUGCCUGGCUUUGUGCUUCCUGAACAGUGGGACCAGUUUUGUAGCUGGAUUUGCUAUUUUCUCGAUACUGGGUUUUAUGUCUUUUGAGCAGAAUGUACAUAUUUCAGAGGUGGCAGAGUCAGGUCCUGGACUGGCCUUCAUUGCUUAUCCACGUGCUGUGUCCAUGAUGCCCUUCUCCCCUCUAUGGGCCUGUUUCUUCUUUAUAAUGAUUGUGCUGCUGGGCCUAGACAGUCAGUUUGUGUGUGUGGAGAGUCUGGUGACGGCAAUGGUUGAUAUGUAUCCAUCAACGUUUCGUCGUAAAAAUCGCAGAGAACUCCUCAUCCUCGCUGUGGCCAUCUGCUCCUUUCUCCUUGGCCUAAUCAUGUUAACACAGGGUGGAAUGUACGUCUUUCAGCUUUUUGACUACUAUGCAGCCAGUGGGAUGUGCCUCCUCUUUGUUGCCAUCUUUGAGACUGUUUGCAUUGCCUGGAUUUAUGGUGCUGACCGUUUCUAUGACAACAUUGAGGACAUGAUUGGCUAUAGACCUGGACCUUACAUUAAGUUCUGCUGGUUGUUCCUGACCCCAGCCACCUGCUUUGGCACCUUUGCCUUCUCUCUGAUUAAGUACACUCCACUGAAGUACAACAAUGAAUAUGUGUACCCAUGGUGGGGCUACGCUCUGGGCUGGCUGCUGGCUUUGUCCUCCAUGGUCUGUAUUCCACUGUGGAUCAUGUACAAGAUGGGCACUACCAAAGGAACCCUCAAAGAGAGAUUCCAUGAGCUGACCACACCUUCCCCUGACCUGCCUAAAACCAGACGGGAGCAGGAGAAACUGCAGGCCAUCUUUUCUGCUGAGGGAGGAGAGAGUCUUCGCCAGAGAGGAGCUCCCACCAAGGAGGGAUACUUUCCUGUCAAUGAGAAGGAAUCUCACUGCUGAAUCCCAUAAUGCCAUAGGUCAUGAUGGACCACCUUACGUUUCUGCAAAGGUGGUGCUUGGAAACCUUACACUGAUACCUCACUCCACUGCUGCCAGGCAAUUAGCACCAAAACAGAGGAAAAUGGAGGUCGUUUUUCAGCUUCCUUCGAGGCUUUGAACUGUGCUGUCACCCUCUGUAGAUACUUUUAUGAUGUACCAACAUCAAACUGUUGUUAAACUUUUGGCCAGGUGAAAACAUGCUAAAACAUCCUUGUAGGGCCUUCUCACAUUAUUAUUGUUUUUAUGGCAAUUUAAAUCUAUAAAUCCCAAAUCAUGACUAAAGUUUAAUAGUCCUGCUAGAUAUGAAGAGGGGCUGAGGAGUAUAAGAUGUCCCUGGGAGAUGAAAGGCCAGCAAGAUAAACAUCCCAUUUUUUUCUACAUUAUAGUUUUUGAAUAUAAACAUAGUAAAAUAUAAUAGUAAAAGAUAGAAAUAUUAAAAAUGAAGCCUUUCUGGCAAAUGUAGCCUUUUUGUAAUGUUCAUAAUUUUCAAGAUUGUAUGUACAUUUCAGUAUUAUGUUGAAAAGACAUUCAACAAAAACCUGAUGAUGUUACAUGGAGGGAUAAAUACUGCAGCUCUCCACAGAAGUGAUUGCUCUAGUUUGCUUUCUAAGGAAGCAAGUAUGUAUUUUGGCCUUCACAUGUACAUGUGACUUUCUUUCGUAACUGAGGCAACAAGUAGCAGUAGUAUCUCUGUGACAGAAAGCUCUGGAAAAAGCUUCUCGGAUUUGUUACUUUCCAGUUUUCUGAGCAAAGAGGGUAAAAGAAGGGGCUGGACAGUUAAUAUUAUGCUGCAAAAAUAAAACAAGUAUUUUUUUAUAUUAUUUCUUAUAUUAAUGAGCAAAAGAAAAUCACAGACCCUUAGUACUAGAGAUGGACUUAUUACUGUUUUUGGGCCAGUACUGAUCACCAAUACCGAUCAAAGGCAGGACUGGAUGCCACAUUCACCUUCCAGAGCAAACCUGGUAAUGCAUCGUCGUGCAGGGCUUCUGUAAUGUUCAGGAUAGUGUCCUUCACUUUUUGAAAUUAACCACAUUUAAAACACUGUCCAACCCCCUCAGUACCACCUGUGAAAGUCAGUGAAUUCCAGCGUUAAACUGCAUUGUGAAGAUCAAUGUGUUAUUAGUGGUGUUUGUUUGUUUUUCUGUGUUCUGAAACUCGGUGCUAGGCUGAGCGGUGUGUUUUUGAGAGGGUUAUCCAAGUGGUGUUAAAAGUCUUUACUCUGGCACGUUAGUUUUAUACAUUUUAUAAGAAUAUACUGCCUGAGGUGAUCUGUGCACAAAGUGGAUUUCAACACUGUUUCUGUAGCCAUGCACAAGGUCCUUACUGACAUCUAGAGGUUGAAUGAGGAACUUGUUCUUGUGACCACAGGACCUCGUGCAAUGCUGCAGCUACUUGCAAAAAAAUAGAUCAUAUGAUCUGAUUUUAAAUUGUAUUGAAAUGUAAUAAUUCUAAAAUUAUUCUUGAUGGGUUUCUUGUGCAUGAGCAACUAAAAUGUACUGCUAUAUACGUACAUAAAUACAGCUGUCACUUUUAUUAAAUUUACUUGUUUUAAAGCUUAAACAAAUCCUGUACAGUAGUUCAGCAUAAUCAAAUGUCAGCUUUUUAGAUUACAGAUCCAAGUACAUAAUGUUUUAUUGAAGGUGCAACAAUUAAGCUAUUCAGCUGUCCCUUCUUUAUUCAAUCGUAUGUGUAAGCAAAGGUGGGUGGUUACAGUAACUCAGUAUUGUGUAUGUAAGAAUGUAUGGGUUUGUACUUCCAUCAAAUUAUGCUUUUCUUUUUACUGAAGUAUAUUCACAAGGAAAGGAAUCUGCUUUUGCUGUCAGUUACAUUUUAGUUAUUAACUUUAGGUUUUCUAUUUACUUUCUUUGUGUUAUGUUGGUAACAGCAUCUGUGCUGUUUUGCAUUUACUCACAUUUCUGAUUUUUGAGAUUUAUCAUACUUUUUUUUUUUUAGAACAGUAGAGAUUCCUGCACGUUUUUUCAGCAUAUCUGAUUUACUUACAUGAUAUAAAAAGAGAAACUACCAAGCUGUGCUGGCCUCUGGUCCCCCAUUUUCUACCUCUGCUUUAGACAAAUUUCAACCUGAAAAGAUGCAAAAUGAUACAAAAAUUAUAAAUCUGCAAUUGUUGCAUGUAUCUAAAAUUAUCCAGCCCAGUCAAUUUCCCACAUCGGGAAUAAACGUAUUUGUGGUAUUUAUAGUAUUGUACUAUAUUUUCUUUUUAAUGGAAAAUGUCCAUUCAAAAUGUUGUGCCCCUCAGUGUUGAAUUGGCAGAAAUCAGACACAUUUCUAUACUGAUUCAAUGACCACAUUCUUGCUGAGGCUGCAGGUUUUAGACCUUUAUUUUUUUUAGCUCUACUGUUUUGAGAAGGACAUUUUUAAUUCUACUUCAGUCAGUAUUUAACUGAAGAAACAACACUUUUAUUGGAGUAUGAAUUUAGGUGUCUGAAUCUGUGUGUGUUUGUGUGUAUAUACAGUAUUCGUCCACUUUUCUUUCUGUGAGGUGAUGAAGUGCAUGCUAAGCAAAAAUGUUUGAAACUGUGACCAAUCUAUAUGUAUAUAAUAUGUACAGAAUGGUUAAGUUUUUUUUAGCAUUGAAAAGGUUAUGAUAAAUAUACCCACUAAAUACC